CAGGGAGUCCUUGCUGGGAGCUGGGAAGAGGCACCUAGGCGCGCGUGUACGGUUGCGUCGCUAAGCGGUGCUUGCGUGCAGCUUGCUGGACACAGGUGUGGGACAUGUGGGCCUGUGUGUGGCCCAGGGCCAGGAGCGUGCACACACUGCCAACCCCGUCCUCCCCGCUGCCGCCGAGCAAAGGCAGGACAAGGCCAGGACUCACUGUGGCCCAGCAGACGCCGAGCAGCUCAGGGCGGGCGCUGCUGGCGCGCCGAAGCCACAGGUGUCCCGGUAGCUGCGCUCCGCGCCCGCGCUGCCCAGCGGCCUUCCCGGAGGAGGCGGCGUGCAUUCCUGAGCCCUGAGUCAGCGCGGCCCGCCCCCGGCGCGCACGCCCCUCGCCAUGGCAUUCCCGGGCGGGCGGGGACUCGGGCGCCCUCCCGGCCAGAGGCGCAGCCCCUCCCCGGCUCUGGCGGCGGCGGUGAGUGAGCGCGUCCCAGGGCGCUCCGGGCCGACUCAGGCGGCCACACUUUUCUUCCCGGAGUUUGCCGAGGCGGGCCCAUCCCCCGGGGUCCCCACUCACGAAGCUGCAAAAAUAGCGCGUCCCGGCGGCCGACCCUGCGCACUGUCCGGAGCCUGGUGGCCCCGCAGCGUGUUCCGGUGCCACUCCCUCACAGGUGUUGUCGUCUGAAAGCUGAAGAAGGGAGAAACUCGUGUCCCCAGCGCUGCUGGACCGCCUCGCUACAGCUCUGAGACUGUCGGAAUGAGUGGGACAGAUUCCGGGUGUGGGUGCAGCUGUGCCGCGGGAUUCUGCCCCUGGGAGCCCUAAGCAGCCAGCUCCGCUGCAGGGUUGGUGCACCCUGACGCUCCCUCCGGCCCCCGGCCCGCAGCCAUGAGUGAGGUCCGCCGGGACAGCACAAGCAGUCUGCAGCGCAAGAAGCCCCCCUGGCUGAAGCUGGACAUCCCAGCCGCAGCCCCCGCAGAGGAGCCCAGUGUCCUGCAGCCCCUGCGGCGCCAAGCUUUCCUGAGGAGCGUGAGCAUGCCGGCUGAGAUCCAUCCCCCCUGUGUGUACCACGAGUCCCGACGGCCUGCACUGCAGCGCCAAGCCUCCAUCACACAGACCAUCCGCAGCAGCCGACAGGUGCGCUUUGGGUGUGUCCACACUCUGCCCCUCUUGGGUUACCAGGCUGCCCGCAGGGCCCUCCCACAGCGCCAGGCUCUUUCCUGGUCCCUGCUCAGGGGCACCGCUGACUGGUUUGGCGUGAGCAAGGACUCCGACAGCACCCAGAAGUGGCAACGCAAGAGCAUCCGUCAUUGCAGCCAGCGCUAUGGGAAGCUGAAGCCCCAGGUCAUCCGGGAGCUGGACCUGCCCAGCCAGGACAACGUGUCGCUGGCCAGCACUGAGACCCCUCCUCCACUCUACGUGGGGCCAUGCCAACUGGGCAUGCAGAGGAUCAUAGACCCCUUGGCCCGUGGCCGGGCUUUCCGUGUGGCCGAUGACACUGCCGAUGGCCUGAGUGCCCCGCACACCCCCAUCACGCCGGGGGCCGCCUCCCUCUGCUCCUUCUCCAGCUCCCGCUCCGGGUUCAACCGGCUCCCGCGGCGGCGCAAGCGUGAGUCGGUGGCCAAGAUGAGCUUCCGGGCGGCUGCAGCCCUGGUGAAGGGCCGCUCUGGGAGGGACGGCACCCUGCGGCGGGCCCAGCGCCGGAGCUUUACGCCAGCCAGCUUCCUGGAAGAGGACACAACCGACUUCCCUGACGAGUUGGAUACAUCCUUCUUUGCCCGGGAAGGGGUCCUCCACGAGGAGCUGUCCACCUAUCCGGACGAGGUAUUCGAGUCCCCAUCGGAGGCAGCGCUGGCUGACUGGGAGAAAGCCGCGGAGCAGGCCGAGCUUACUGGGGGCGCCCUGGGCCGCAGCGAGCUGGAGCGCAGUCACCUGAUGCUGCCCUUGGAACGCGGGUGGCGGAAGCAGAGGGAUGGCGGCUCUGGAACCGCACAACCAAAAGUGCGGCUUCGGCAGGAGGUAGUAAGCCCACCAGGGCCCAGGCGGGGCCAGCGCAUCGCUGUGCCUGUGCGUAAGCUCUUCGCCAGGGAGAAGCGACCCUAUGGCCUCGGCAUGGUGGGGCGGCUCACUAACCGCACCUAUCGGAAGCGCAUCGACAGUUAUGUCAAGCGGCAGAUUGAGGACAUGGAUGACCACAGGCCCUUCUUCACCUACUGGCUCACCUUCGUGCACUCUCUGGUCACCAUUCUUGCUGUGUGCAUCUACGGCAUCGCGCCUGUUGGUUUCUCCCAGCAUGAGACCGUUGACUCGGUGCUGCGGAAUCGGGGCGUCUAUGAGAAUGUGAAGUACGUGCAGCAGGAAAACUUCUGGAUUGGGCCCAGCUCGGAGGCCCUCAUUCACUUGGGCGCCAAGUUCUCACCCUGCAUGCGCCAGGACCCACAGGUGCACAGCUUUAUUCGCGCUGCGCGGGAGCGUGAGAAGCACUCAGCGUGCUGUGUGCGCAACGACCGCUCGGGCUGCGUGCAGACUUCAGAGGAAGAGUGCUCGUCCACCCUGGCCGUAUGGGUGAAGUGGCCUGUUCAUCCCAGUGCACCUGACCUUGCUGGCCACAAGAGGCUGUUUGGUUCUGUCUGCCACCAGGACCCCAGGGUGUGUGAUGAGCCCUCCUCUGAGGACCCCCACGAGUGGCCAGAAGAUAUCACCAAAUGGCCGAUCUGCACCAAGAGCAGUGCGGGCAACCACACCAACCACCCCCACAUGGACUGUGUUCUAACAGGCCGGCCCUGCUGCAUCGGUACCAAGGGCAGGUGCGAGAUCACCUCCCGAGAGUACUGUGACUUCAUGAGGGGCUACUUUCACGAGGAGGCCACACUGUGCUCCCAGGUGCACUGCAUGGACGACGUGUGUGGGCUCCUCCCCUUCCUGAACCCCGAGGUGCCCGACCAGUUCUACCGGCUGUGGCUGUCCCUCUUUCUGCACGCUGGGAUCCUGCACUGCCUGGUGUCUGUCUGCUUCCAGAUGACAGUCCUGCGGGACCUAGAGAAGCUGGCGGGCUGGCACCGCAUCGCCAUCAUCUACUUACUGAGUGGCAUCACUGGCAACCUGGCCAGUGCCAUCUUCCUGCCGUACAGGGCAGAGGUGGGCCCGGCCGGCUCCCAGUUUGGCAUCCUGGCCUGCCUCUUCGUGGAGCUCUUCCAGAGCUGGCAGAUCCUGGCGCGGCCCUGGCGGGCUUUCUUCAAGCUUUUGGCCGUGGUGCUCUUCCUCUUCGCCUUCGGGCUGCUGCCCUGGAUUGACAACUUCGCCCACAUCUCAGGCUUCAUCAGCGGCCUCUUCCUCUCCUUUGCCUUCCUGCCUUACAUCAGUUUCGGCAAGUUUGACCUGUACCGCAAGCGCUGCCAGAUCAUCAUCUUCCAGGCCGUGUUCCUGGGGCUCCUGGCCGGCCUGGUAGUUCUCUUCUACGUCUACCCAGUGCGCUGUGAGUGGUGCGAGGCCCUCACCUGCAUCCCCUUCACCGACAAGUUCUGCGAGAAGUAUGAGCUGGACGCACAGCUGCACUGACUGCUGGAACCCGCGGCAGCAUAGUCUGUGUGGCCAAUAAAUGUACCGGGAGCGUUUUAGCUGCCACCAACUC